AUGCAGCAAGUGACACGUCCUUCACUUGUGGGUACGUCUCACAUCUUCACAUCGUUCAACACCGACGCAGAUGACUCUUUCACUAUCGCUGUCAUGGGAGCUGCUGCGGUUGGUAAGAGUGUCCUUAUCAACAAAUUUAUCAACGGUACCUCCCCGACAUGUUACUGGCCAACUGUGCAAGAACGUUACACCAAACACAUGGACAUUGAUGGCCGACACGUCGUCCUUGACAUUUUCGAUACUCCAGGAGGGUAUUGUUUUUCCUAUUUGAGAGAGGUGGCCAUCGCCAAUGCUGAUGCCUUUGUGUUGGUCUAUUCUGUUAAAGACGAGGCUUCCUUCGAGACACUGGCCAUACUCAGAGAUAUGAUAGUUCAACAGAAGCCGCCUGGUGUUCCUAUCAUAGUGGAGGCCACGUUCCACAAACAAUCGAGAGCAGGAUCAUGGUCGUGA